UGCUGUCUGGCAAGUCGCUCGAAGCCAUUCGAAACCUGAAGCAUGUCUCUCAUCAGCGUUGACCUCCACGCUCUGGCAACGAGCGGCGCGGACUACCUCGCCUCCCUGUACGCUUUAAACGAAAGCAAUCCUGGUAUUGUGUUCUUGUCGUACGAUGCGUCCUUCGCCAAUGUCCUGGGCACCACCGCCACCGCAACAAAGAUCGCCGAUCUAAGCUGGCAGGCGUUCCACGAGGGUGGUGUGUACAACAAGGAAGACAACUCAUUAUACGUAUCAUCCAACUACGUUUCGCUCGCGGACAACAUCAACGUGACAGUCCUCUCCCUCGACGACUACAGUGUCCACAGCACUCAGCUCCCGGGCCUCGCCAUGGCAAACGGUGGAUCGACGUACUACCCGCCUGGAUCUGAUCAAACCGCCACACCUCCGAUGCAGGUCUGGUGUGACCAGGGCGACCUCGAGGCCUAUGCCAAGCUUCUCGCCGUGAAUGUCAACACGAAUGAGUCCGAGCCUCUAGUCAUCGGCUACAAUGGCCGCAACUUCAGUGGCUUGAACGAUGUGAGGCAGCACCCGGAGACCGGUGAUCUCUGGUUCACAGACCCUGAAUAUGGUUACCACCAGAAGUUUCGUGCGGAGCCUGAACUGCCAAGGCACAUCUACCGCUUUGAGCCCUCGACGGGUAUUAUCCAGGUUCUCGAUGACGGUUUCGUGCAGCUUAAUGGAAUUGAGUUUUCCCCCGAUUACAAGACGCUGUACGUUUCUGACACGGGUGCUCAAGAAGCAGAUCUGGAUCUCUCUCGCCCGGCCACCAUUUACGCGUACGACAUUGUCGACAAUAAGCGGAUCAACAACAAGCGCUUGUUUGCCUUUGCUGACAGCGGAAUCCCUGAUGGUGUGCACACUGACACUGAUGGCAACGUAUGGGCUGGCUGCGGCGAUGGUGUACACAUCUGGAACCCCGAAGGUAUUCUACUGGGCAAGAUUUAUCUGGGCGAGACUUCCAACAAUUUCGCUUUUGCUCCAGGCAAGGUGUUUGUUUUCGCCAACGCUAGAGCUUGGGUGGUCGAGGGUAUCAACGCACUGGGACGCGAGGUUUGUAAGGACUUCGGUGUUGACAGCGAUUCGAGAUGCAGCAACAGCACGUCGCCUUAA